AAGUAUAAUACUGUAUAUACAUGCACAUAGGAAUAUUAGUAAAUACCAUGUCUCCCUGUGUGUCUCUCUGUCACACACACACACAUACACACACAUGUAUAUAGACACAAACUCACUCAGAUACACUUGAAAGGCUAAGAUUACUUAAUCACCAUGUAUUCAUUUGACGACGAAGUGAAUAAUACUAACCAAACAGCAUAAUAUCGGAUAUUAUGGGUUCGAGAACACUUAUCUUACUCAUUUGUCUUCCACUUAUAUCAUUUUUUAUUAUAUUGGCAAUUGUAAUAGUCUGUUGCUUACGUUCACGGAAAAGUACCGUAAAACGCGCUACAAUUAAUACAGUACCAAAUCCUGCUUCCAAUCAUGUUCCUAGAACUCAGCCUAUUGGUACAACUGAUUUUGCAACUGCCUACCCCUCACAAACCCCAUAUCCAGUAGGACAACCACAAGGAGGUAUGCCAACAUCUACAGUGGCUACAGACCAACCACCACCUUAUCCAACGUCUACUGAACCACCUCUGGAACCACCACCACCCCCAUCAUAUUAUUCGAAAGUACCGGCCCAAUAGAUAACAAAGUAAAACGUGCUGUAUACAUCCGUCAGACUAUCCAAAUCAAUAACUAAAAAGAAGACAACGAAAAUAAACAAUUACACACCUUAAAAAUUCAAAUAUUUUGAAAAAAUGUGGACAAUAUACCAUUUCAUUUCAUUAACAUCAUCAUUGUCAUUCUACUUUUCAAUGUACAAUUACACAUACUAAUAAUCAUUAUGAUGUAUGUAUGCCUAUUGUAAAUGUUGAUGAGAGGUUGAUUUGUCUACUUCUAUUCUCAUUAAUAAUACAAGUAUGCUAAUAUAACAAAUAAUUGAAGUUUUA